AUGAUACGACCAGCGUCUUUAAUACGCGACGACGAAGACCGGUUACCGCAGUUCCAGGCCAAUGCUAACCACAUCAGAAAGGAUUCGAUCGACUGCGGGAUCAGGGCUUGCAACUACUGCAAUGGACCAACCUGUCAAAAAUUGGGAACAUCAACGGCCUUUUUGAUUAUCCUGUCCUUGGCCGGCUUUGUACAGGGUGGGGUUGAGUCGUAUUUCAGAGUUGCCGCCCAUCAGGCUGCAAAUGAACACGAGUUCGAUCCGCUGAUUGUCGAUUGGCUGCUGGUGUCCAGCGGGAUCUCGCAGGGUCUUUUUGCGUUACUGGUGACCUACUGGGGAAAUCGGUUACAUCGCAUCUCGUGGUUGGGCGGAAUUUUCAUGUUGCAAGCCGUUGGACUGCUAUUGCUUAUCAUACCGACGUUGACUCACAGUUCUGACGAUGCUCCAACAUUGGCCGCAAUACAGGUGAAAACCAUUUGUAUAUUAGAACAGUCAGCCGCCAUUCAAGCGGAAAAGCCAUGGGCCGUCACAACCUUGGUUCUGAUGUUCAUAGCCCAGGCACUGAUUGGAAUUGCCAACGUCGCAUUUUACUGUUUGGGUUUGAGCUAUAUGGACGACAAUUUGAAGGAGCAUCAAAGUCCCAGCCAUAUAGCAUGUGCUCUGGCAGCCCGUAUUUGGGGCCAUCAGCUCGGAUUAGCGAUAACACUAGCUGUGGGAGCAACGACGCUGGGUUGGUGGUUUGGUUGGGUGAUAAUUGCACCCAUCAUCUUUAUCCUCGGCUUUCUGAUUGCUCUCUUUCCCAAACGCCUUCUGGCGACGCUCGUCCGACAGGCAGCGGAUGAUAUAAUUGAGACGGCCACUAAUAAUAGCCAUCAGUCACUGGCCGGUACUAAGUGGCUGGCAGAUAUCGGUUUAGCAUCAUCACUGCGACGCGUUUUCACCAAUGGCAUUUUGGUCUUAAACGUCCUCUCGCUGGUAUUCAUCCAAACCGGUGUUAUCAAUUUCAAUGCGCACGAGCAGAACUAUUUGCAGUCGCGAUUUUUCCUGCCCACCUCCCAUGUCAAUGGGUUGAACGAUGAAUGGACCUCGCGUUUGAUCACCAACCUGCUGCGGGCGCCGGUUGUUGCGCUUGCCAUGCUGGUCGCCGGAUUGAUCAUUGCCAAGGUGAAUCCAGGUCCAAGGAAAAUCGCAGGCUGGAAUAUCUUUACGGGAUUAGUAGCCGUAGGUCUCUUUGUCGCGUUCAUCUUUCUGUCGUGCGAGAACGAACGAAUCGCUGGCGCCUACCGAGGAAGACUGACUAAGCCGUUCUGCGCGUCAAACUGCGUUUGUCCGGAGAAUGUCCCCUUUUCGCCCGUCUGCCCGCAAGAGAGCGUGUUCACCUACUUUUCUCCGUGCCAUGCUGGAUGCCAGAAUCGAAGCGAAAUCAACAACAUUGUUGUGUACACGGAUUGCUCCUGCGGCAUCGAUACGGAGCUAGUACUAGCCGAGGGUGGACUAGCUACCGAAGGGGCAUGCGGGAUGGCAGACUGCCAAAAGUAUUGGAUUAUUUUUCAGGUGCUGACCGUAGUCGUCGCCAUUCUGCUGGGAUCAACUAUUAUAGGCAAACUGAUUAUUUCGAUUCGAGCUGUUUUAGCUCAGGAUAAAGCACUAGCACUCUCGGUAGAGCUUACUUUGGUAGGAUUGAUCGUGUAUCUGCCGGGAACAGCUGCCUAUCAAGCAAUUGCCAUUAGUGCGUGCCAAUUUUGGUCUUCCGAUCAACGCAGAUGUUUUAUCCACGAAACACCGUUCUUUGGAACUACUCUUAACAUCCUAACAGCAGCUUUGAUUGCAAUCGGUGUCAUUUUUGACGCACUGGUGUUUUAUUUUGUAAAAGAUCUACCUUUGUAUGGUGAUGAUCCUGAAGAUGCAUAUCGUCCAAUCGAAAUGAGACUUAUCACACAGCAAGCACGAAUGAGCUCCCGUCAGACUACCUCACCGGACAGCGAAAUCCAACCAUUUUCCGUUCAUCAGGAGGAACAAGAACGCUUGCAACGGGAACAACGCGAAUUGGACCCAUCGGCUCAAUCCAACAGUUUACUUCAGGCCUCGACAAUCGUUGCCCAAGAUGUACCGCUGAUUCAGUCCAUUCAGAACACUCAGGAAAAUUAUCCCCAUACAGCACGGUCGGUGUCACCGAUUGCUGGUCCCUCUGCGAUCUACGCUCAGGUCAUUCGCCAGAUGCCGACACGAGAGUCCUCCAGUGAUUUGGAUGAGCGGCUGGAUUUUCGAAUGGCCAGCAAUUUACCACCCGAUAAAACGGAUGACGGUAACGAUGACGACGAUGACGAUACGGACUACGAGGAGGCUGGCAAAGCAAACGGACCGCUGUCGGGCUUGCGAGAUUACUCUGGCAUGAAUCCGGCUACCUUUGGGGCGGGCUCAAGUGCCACCAGAGAUUUGGAUUCCGUCCAAUCCAGUACCGUUAGCAGCCCCGGUGGGUUCGGGUACACGAGAACGAGAAGUCGAGACGGGCGACCCAUGAGUCCCGAAACGGACUUUUAA